AUGGCAAAAUCACAUAUAGAAAUUGCCAAACAGUUAAAAUAUAAUUCCGAAGAAAUAAAAGAGUAUUUCGAGGAUCUAUAUGAGUGGCAAAAUAAAAUUAGUAAAGAACAAGUGGGAAAGACAGCAAACGAGAAAGGUUCCACAAGACAGAUUUACCAUGGUAAUAAAAACAUUAACAGGAAUGGUGAAGAUUGCCAAAGUGAGGAAGCAAAUAUUAGUAGCACCCAGGUUGAUACCCUUAGGAGCAAGAAUAUCUCAACAUUGCAGAAAUGCAAGGAACAUCAUAAUGCCCUUAAGAGAGAUUGUAACUCUCUUGAGAGUUAUUAUCACGCAUGGGAUAAGCUAAAAAUAGAUGAUGUUGACAAUAAUGUGGAGGUAUCAAAUUGGAUUCGUAAAGAUAAUGCUGAUGGAGAAGCAAAAGAAAGGAAGAACGACAGAUAUUCUGAAGAGGUAAUGAAUAUGGAGAAGAACAAAGAAGAUUUAGAAUUACAUGUUAAUAUGGAAGGAAGAAAAGACAAUAGCAACUUUGUAGUAGAAGCUGACUAUGAGAUAAACGAAAGUCAUAACUGUUCAUUAAAUUUAAGGAAUGAAGAAAAAUGGUUACUAUCUUUUGGUUGUAAAGUGUAUGAUAUAUACUUUUCCAAAAGCGAAGAAGGGAAAAUAAACUAUCAAAAUAAAAAAUACAAUAAAUGUUUGGAAAAUUACAAUGAUAUAAUUAAUUACAUUGACUUUGAAUUAAGAAAUAAUAAUAUAUUUUUAGAAAUAGAAAAAAAUUUAGAUAAUGAAUUGUACAUAGAUAUCCUGUCACAUAACAAUAAGAAUAUUUUUGUUAAUACAAAAAUAGAAGAAUUAUGUAUACUUCGAACCAAAGUACUUAUAAAUAGGUCAUUAACUUUACAAAAAUUAUCUUUAUUUUACGAAAGUAUGGCUGAUUGUUCUUCCAUAAUUUUAUUUUAUAAUUAUUUUUUGUCUGAACAAAAGAAUUGUGCUAACUAUUGUAUGAACAAAAACACACUUAAGAUUAAUAUUAAGUAUGUAAUUUUUAAGGCAUAUUAUUUAAGGGGUAUGGCGAGAUACAAGCUAAAAAUUUAUAAAAAUUCUCUUAAGGACUUUAAAAAUUCCAAAGAAUAUAUAAAUAAUUUAAAUUCCUCUUACACUCUUAAUAUUGACAAAUCAAUACAACUACUUCAAAAUAUAGUAACACAAAAUGAUAUUAAAAAACGAGCAAGAAGACAAAAUGAAUACACUUCUACAAUGCCAGAAAGGUACAAGUUAAAGCCAAAAUUGCUGAAUAUUAAACUUAUACCCAAAGAGUAUAUGGAAGAAUUAAAAUCGUUAGAAAAUAAAAGUGACAUUAUAAACUGCAACAAUGGUAAAGUAGGAAAGGGCUACAAAGAUAUAUGCACAACUGUAAUUAGUAACUGCAUUGAUAAGGAAAAGAAAUCUACGCAUAAUAUUCCUGAAGAAAAGGAUUCUGAACAGCAGGAAUACAUUUGCACAAUGGGUGUAGAUGUGUGUGAUAAGAUAUGUCUGACAGACAAAGAACUCACCGUGGCAGAAGAAGAAAAAAAGGGCUGCAAAAAGAACAAAUGCAAUGUCGCAGAGGAUCCUAAGGGGAAGUGUGGUAACAUUUGUAGAGGGGAGAGGAAAGAAAAUGAGAGAGAAAUAGACCAUACAGAAAAAGGUAACCGGGUCGACAAUUGCCCCGAUAACUACUCUGACACGGAUAGUAGCAUAACUUUGAGCGAAAACACAAUGCUCACUGAUGUGGAAGAAAUAACACCCCAUAUGAUAAACAUGUAUAACAGGGAAAACUGUGGGAAGAGAAAAAUCAAAAAUAAGAUAAACUUUGAAAUUAUUUGGAAUUCAAAGGAAAUAAAAAAUAAUUUUAAAAAACAAAUCGAUAUUUUAAAAAUUGCGUUUUUAGAAGAAGGAAUAUUUGAAUUCAACCUUGAUAAGGAUAUUUAUGUAGAUAUAUUAGAUUCUUUGUUUAAAAAUAAUUUUCUAUUCUUAUUUAAAAAUAUCGAUAACGUUGAAUACAUAAAGAAAAUUCUGAUGGAACGUCAAUGUGUUGUAAAUGAUUUCAACUGCGUUGAAGGGAAAACGAAUAUAGACUCCAAUUCGACCUCAAAUGACAAAUGCAUACAUGCAAGGGAAAAUGAAGAUACUGGAGAAUUUCUAAAUGCUGAAGCUUGUGUAGUGCUAAUAGACAUAUUAUACAUUCUUACGAAUGGAGGAAAGGAAAAUUACGUUUUCUUGUUUAUCGAUAAAAUGGAAAGAACAUUAUUGUUAGCUUUUUAUAAUUUUAUUCUUAAGUAUACAAAUAUAUUCAUUUGUAAUGAAAGCUGUCUGAAGGAGAAAACUCUUUUAUUGAAAAGUUUGCUUGAAAUGACAUUUUAA